AUGGUUCUACGCUUUAGGAAUGGUCACUUAUCACUGCAACCUCAUUCAGGACGACCGUCGACAUCCCGAACGAAUGAAAACAUCAUGCAAGUUCAUGAACUGAUUUUGGAGGACCGUCACCGAAAAAUUGACGAACUUGCUGAUAUGAUUGAUGUGUCCUGCAGUUCUUACCAACGAAUUUUGAGCGAAGAAUUGCGAAUGAUAAGAGUUGCAACAAAAUUUAUGCCUCGCUUGAUCAUGGAAGAUGAAAAGCAGCCAAGUUCUUUCAAUACUGAACUUCUGAAAACCGUAGCUGAGGAAAAUCUGAAGCAAACAGCACGAGAAUUAGCAAAACAGUUUAAAUCACACUUCGAUCUUAUAACGCAUUCAUGA